AUGAACACAAGUCCAACUCAGUUUCUCUGGGGUGCAUACGGAUCGUUCAGCAGUCCAAAUUACCCAGGUAGCUACCCGAUAAAUGUGGAGAAGAACUACAUACUGACGAUGCCUACACAAAUGCACAAAUACAGAAUCCACUUGACGUUCAGUGCCCUAGAUAUCGAGAAGGAGAUGAACUGUAACUGGGACUAUCUGGGAUGGGGACCAGCCAUCGGCUCCAUUGACAAGCAGAUCUGUGGGACAACACCAAAAGUAUACACAAUCAAUAAUGUACAGAAGCGUGAAGUGUUUAAGUUUUAUUCUGACUACAUGGUAGUACGAGGCGGUUUCCACGUGAAUUACAAUGUAUCCAAGGAGCCAGACGCCUGCGACAGUUCACCCUGCAAACACAACGCCACGUGCACCCCACACGGUUAUGGCUACAACUGUACAUGUUCGUUUGGGUUUUAUGGCAAAAAUUGCGAGUACGUUAAUCUGUGUGAUUAUACCCCAUGCCUCCACAAUGGAAUGUGCAAUCGAGUGGGAAAUUCCUUCAACUGUAGCUGUCCGUAUCCAUACACAGGAAAAACUUGCAAUGAAACAAUAAAUCCUUGCGACGAUAACCCGUGUGACAAUGGUGCUAGCUGUAUUCCCACAAACGGCUCCUACUACUGCAACUGCUCCCAUGGGUGGACUGGACAAUACUGUGAAGAUGAUAUUAAUGAAUGUGUGUCAUUCCCUUGCCACAACAAUGCUACGUGCUUUAACUGGCAUGGGGGUUUUACCUGCUACUGUCAAAAGGGUUACUACGGCAAUGCGUGUGAAUUUGAUUCCAGUCCCUGCAACCAACAUCCCUGUAUGAAUGGCGGUUUGUGCUCAGUCGACAGAUCAACUUACAUGUUUGUAUGUAUGUGCCCACAUGGAUACACUGGGAAGUAUUGUGAACUUGGAAUGCAUAGUACCACCAUGUCUUAUACAAGUUAUAACCCGUACUACGUGUUGAGUAAACUGAUGUUGGCUAGGAACAGAACUGAAGCCACCAAGGUUGGGAUGCAACGAGUUUUAGGUUAUCUAAACCUACUGAAGAAGAAAGUCUAGACCUAUCCAGAAAGAUGAAGAAAAUAGCUGAAGAUACCGACAACCAUUUAUGAAUUAUACAUUAUUUUAUUAAUGUGUGUUUUUCAGUCAGAAGUAUAUUAAAUCUUUUCAGUUGACAA